AUGAGAAUCCAGUUUUCGCUCGUUACACUCCUUGCCACGGCUCUGGCAGAGGAGUACACCACGCUCACUUCGAAAUAUUGCUACGCCGGCGGUCUUGUUUGCAAAACCACCGUCGAUUACGGCUCCGUCACCACUGUCACUGCUAACCGCGCGACUGUGACCACAUACGUCCCGGUCAGCUACGUUCCAACGCUGGUCACCGUGGAUGGUAAGGAGACUUGGCAGCAGGUCAGCUACUCGACGUCUGUCAACGACUACGGCCAAUCAACAGUCGUGGUCACCUAUUGCGACAUCUCGUUGCAGUCGACAAGCAGAGUCACCUCCGUUGUGUCCUGCAACGUGCCAUUUACACAGACCGAGGAUAUCACCCUCACGACGACCGGAGUGGAUGGGCACGUGAGCACUGUCACGGGGGCCACCACCUACGUCACCUCGAGAGCCUGUCCGACCACAUUGACGUGCGAGACUUGUAAGACGUCGUCGUCUUCCUCUUCUUCGUCAAGCACGUCUUCCACGACAGCCUCUUCCACGACAGCCUCUUCCACGUUAACCUCUUCCAUUUCGACCUCAUCCACUUCAUCCACCUCAACUUCCUCCACCUCAACUUCCUCCACCUCAACUUCCUCCACCUCAACUUCCUCCACCUCAACUUCCUCCACCUCAACUUCCUCCACCCUAACUUCCUCCACGUCAACCUCCUCCACUUCAUCCACGUCAACCUCCUCCUCGUCAACUUCCUCCACUUCAUCUACGUCGACUACAACCCCUUCCACGUCCUCUUCCUCAUCCACGCUGGUCUCGUAUCCCUCUUCCACGUCUACCACGAGCUCAAGCUCAUCCUCCUCUUCCCUGUCAUCCACAUCGUCGACUCCAACCACAACGUCUUCCGUCUCAUCCUCCACAACCACCACUAUUUCCACGUCGUCUUCAUCCACCCCUUUUUCCACCCCUUCAUCCACCCCUUCAUCCACCCCAUCAAGCACCACCUCCAGCUCCACCAGCUUUUCCUCAUGGACGUCCACCCAGUCGAGCUCUACAACCUCAUCGUCAAGCUCCACAAGCUCCAUCUCAAGCUCUAUCUCCUCCUCGUCCACACUUCUCUCCACAUCCCGGUACAGCUGCAACCAGCCGUAUGUGGCCACCGUCACCGUCACCGCUGGCGGAUCCGUUUCUGUGUCCAUGUACACCACGUCGUCCGUCUGCAUAACUACCACGGAGUCCAGCACCGUCACCACGUGCACAGACUGCAACAAAGACGUCCAGGUGAGCUCUCAAGCCACGCCAGUCCAGUACAGCAGCGUGUGGGUGACCGAAGGGUCUGCUUCCACGACGACGGAAACGGUUUGUACCGAGUGCAAGACCAGCGAGACGGUGGUGGAGACAACAGUGACAAACGAGACGACUACAUAUGUGACCACCUGUCCAGAGUCCAGCGAGACCACACAGCCGCCACAGACGAGCUCGUCUCCAGCCACAUCCACAGCUACAGUCCCAGCCACCUCGGGCUCCUCGCUGGCAGAGACAAGCCAAACGACAAGCUCGUCUGAAAUUCCAACAUCUCCAGAAACACCCUCUGAAACGCUUACGUCAGUCUUCUCGUCUACACAGACUCCAGCACCCACCACAAGCACAAGCUUUGAAACUGCUUCGUCUGGAGUCUCCUCUACACCUCACACCAAGAUAUCGAUUACGGUGGUGAAGACUUGCACGGAGGAAAAGUGCCGGCCGCAAACGACGGACAGCUCUGUGGCGCAGUCAGGCUCAACGCUAGCUUCGACCCUACGCACGUCCAGCGUCGCCGUUUCCUCGAUCCAGCCGCUGUCGUUCUUCCAGGGCGCGGCAGCGUCUGUCUCGAUCUCGUAUUUCUCGUUCUUUUUGCUUCUCGUCCCAUUCAUAUAG